GCUGAUGCGCGUGAGAUAAAGAUAAUAGGCUGCAGCUCAGCAGCGCCAGAACAGAGUUCUCACGCACUUUCAAAUCAGCGAUUCACAAGAGGAUCUUUAAACAUCAUGGCAAGAUCGACAGAUUGGCUUCCUUCCCUAUGGAUGGAAAUCUUCAAUGAUUUGCUGGAUUAUGAGUUGGACAAUGAAGACCCGUGGACUUUACACUUUAACUACAGUAUUACAGAUAAACUCACUGCUCAGGAGAAAAAUAGAGGCUGGAAAAUAUGUUGUACAUGUACCCAAGCGGAAUUUAAGUGUGGUUCCUGUGGAAAAACCUGGUUCUCUGCACGGGUGACGGUGUUGUUCCGUUACCGUCUGAGACGCGGCCGUGGGACUAUCAUCAUGCGACCCUUUGGCCAGAGCUGCCUUACCUGCCAAGAUGAGUUUGACCUCCCUGGUUUUGCCAGGAAGACAGUGGAAGACAGUUUGGUUAAGGUGUUCUCAAAAAUCCGCAAAAACUGCUACAUGGAAAAUGAUGACAACAAUGACAUUGAUGCAGCACCUUCACCUAGAAGGUAUACCAAACCACAUAAGAGUACACUAUGCCAAGCAUGUAAAGAAGGUAUAUGCAAACAAGAUGAUAAUGACGAUGGGACUGCUGGGUGAGGCAUUGCUGUGUGCCCAAUUAUGGGGUCAUAAUUGGUGGGUAAUGUUUAAUUAGCUAUGCAUGCAGAUUGUCUGUAUCACCAAAGGAUUAAAAAUGUUGAUGAAAAUUUGUAAAUAAAAUGUAAUUUUGCAAAUAAUUAUCAAAGAUUGUGGAGUAACAAGCUUUAUUUAGAGUUAACUGAGAUUUUUUUUUCAUCUCAAUGGUUUUAUAUUCAAGCUACAUUUUACUCUGAUGUUUACUUUGUUGCAAUUCAAAAUUCCCUGACUUGAGUUUACAGGUGUCUUUUACAUUGCAUUGAGGCACCUAUUCAUUUGAAUUUUCUGCAAGUUUCUUGUUAAAAGAUGUUUAAUUUUUUCAUGCCAUAAUUUUUGUAAAUCUACAAUAAAACUGGUACAUUUUGUGUCCAGAUUUGA